AUGGAGCCGACGAUCUUCGUGCGCAAUGUGGCCGACGGCGACGUCACCCGCCACGCGCUAUUGCUUCUCGAGUGCGAGUUCAUGUGCGACUGGGACCUUCCGACGAACGUGCUCGCCGAAGUGCAGAUCGGCGACGCGGCCACGUACUGGCCGGUCGCGCCGUCCGGUCGCUUCAAGGCGCUCGUGCAUCUACCGCGCCUCGGCGCGCACGACAUUGUCAUCAACGUCGCCGAGUGCUACACGUUCCUCUCGGUCACAUACGCAUGUCCGGUUACGGACCACAAGAUGCGCUUUUACUACCAGAAAUGCGCCGGCGACGACGGGACGUUCGACGCGCCGCUUGGCGCCGACAACUCGGAGGCAAUGGCGGUGGCCAAGAUCAAGUUCAACGCGCUCCUGCUGCAGACGGCGAUGGCGACUUUGCUUCCGGACCACGAGACGUUUGCGCUUGAGGUCGACGAGGACGGCCAGCCGAUUGUCCACGUGAUUGAAACCAGCUUUGGCCUCGCUGCCGCCCACGCCGCGACCGACCAAGAGCUCUACGCGCUCGUCGCCAAGGACAUGGAGGCGCUCGGGUACCAUCACUGCGUGAGCGGAACGCAAUGGAAGCACGCAGUUCUCCUUGGCUGCGCGCGCUACAACCCAUCGACGCGCAAGGCGGACGGGCACUUGGCGCUCGGCGGCAAUGCGCACGCGAUGUUUGGCGCCUGCGGACUGCACACGUGGGCGGCCCACGUCGGCGAAGUGUCGAGCAAGUUUCUGGAUGCAACGCCCAUCGAUGCGUCGCGGCUGCUCGACGACAGCUGCCACCGCAAGACGCACUGGGCCAACUACGCGACGGGCCUUGGCGCGUUCUUGCACGAGCUCGGGCAUGCGCUUGGGCUCGGCCAUGCGGUCGACGGUAUCAUGGCCCGCGGCUUUGACAACCUCAACCGGCUUUUUUGCAUUUUCGAGCCAACGCCAUGCUUUCAAGGCGCUGUCUAUACCCAUGCAUACGCUGACGGCAAGCUCAUGCUGCACCAGCACCAGGUCGUCGAAGUGUCGGACGUCCAGGGCGCUCACUGGCACCGCGCGGACGUGCUGCGCCUGCGCACCUCCAAGUGGCUCGCGACGUCGCGUGUUCCUGAGGCCAAUGGCGCGCCGGCGGUCAAUUGGCGCCGGGACCUGCUCGGGCCCAUUGGGUAUGGCACCCACGACGGCCCUCUCACGCUCUUUGAGGCCACGGAGGAGACGGUCGCGGGCAUUCUGAUCACGUCGGCGGCGUACGUGGAUCGAGUGGAGCAACUCUCGCCGUCGACGCUCAACGAUUUGCUGCUCGCCGACCUCAGCGUCGGUGGCAACCAAGACUUGUUUGUGCUCCUCGACCACGAGUAUAUCUUGCGGGUGGACGUCCACGCGGUUGCUUGGGUCGACGGCCUCCGGUUCCACACCAACCUCCGCACGACGCGCAUGUAUGGCGGUGGCAUGGGCAUUGCGCCGCGGUCGCUUGUCGCGCCACCGGGACACUACAUUGCGUCGCUCUUUGGGGCCCACGGCGACCACCAUCUCGGUCGCAUCGGUGCCGUCGUCCGCCGCCUGCCGUCGACCGAGCCGACGCUGCCACCGGCACCGACGACGGUCACGUCGGGGCUUUUGGCAUCGGCGUUCUCGUCGUUGUUUGGCCCGACCGUGCACAGUCUCCCGGCGGUCGGCGACGGCGCCUACGACGGCGACCAAGACCCGUUUUCAUUCAAAGACGGGCUUGGCGCGGUCGUGCUCACGUGUGCGACAUAUGUGACCAACCUCAAGUGUCUCUCGGUACCCGACGCGGCGGCGCACUUGGCCGACGGCUUGUACUGCAGCGACGACCAACACGUCUUUGCGCUCGUGCCGGGCGAGCACCUUGUUCAAGUUGACGUUCGGUCGGGCGCGUGGAUCGAUGCAAUCCGGUUCGUCACCAACAAGCGUGUCACACCGUGGUAUGGCGGCGACGGCGGCGUCUUCUCAACGCUUGUAUGCCCACCCAAGCAUGCGAUCGUCGGGUUUUUCGGCUCGAUUGGCGACAACUAUGUCGGUACCUUGGGCGCCUACUACUUGGAGCUGCCGCCGAUGACGUCGGUGCCGGCACCGACAUCGGUCGUCGCACCGCUGGAUGCACCCGUGUCGACACCGAUCGGUGUUGUGAUUGUCGCUUCGGCCACCGACGUCGAGCUCGUCGAGACGUUUGCAUCGAUGGCAGCUUACGCAGAACUCUGCGCCAAGCAUCCGCAGCACGUUGUCUUUGUCCUUGCCGAGCACGAUACGCUCGUGCAGGUCGACGUCUGUCGCCGGACGGCUGCGUGGUAUGGCCACUUUGACGUGGCCUCGCUCGCCUAUUUGAGCGCACCAAGCGCGUAUCUCUCGCAUGUGCGCAUUGCCGGCGCCGACGUCUCGUACGAGUUUGCGGAAACGACGACGACGACGACGGCACCGGCGUUUCUCAACGACAGUACGACGGUAGUCGACGUUGGCGAGGCCAACGCCUGCCUCGACUCGCGUGUCGGUCUUGUCGCGGCGGUGGUCUGCCGCCACAACAAUGGAGAUGCGCUUGUCGACACGACGCUCGAGUGGUCGAACGUGUCGCUGGACACGGCCCCGCCGUCGACGUGGUAUGUGUCGCGCGCCGUGGUGACGUUGUGUCUUCCGGACGCUGCGAUGGCGCACGGACUGUUGGCGAUUGAUGCCGCCGGUGUCACCACGUAUGCGCCCAGUGUUGCUUUCCCGUAA